UGAUUUCUGAAGGAAUGCCUAAAGAUGUUGUGUAUUCUGCAUGGCCUGACGUGAGCAGAGUUAAUGCAAAAUGGAGCGGAGUUUUCUUGAAGAAUUUCUUUACUUUAUUAUUCACUUUAUGUGAGCUUUUGUGCAGCGAUUUAGAUGGAGGAUGUUGGUGCAGCCUGAAAGACGUCAUAUUCGAUAAUGUUAACGAAGAUAUUGACACUCGAGAAACAGUGAUCAACCUGCUAAGUGACAUGGGUCACAAGAUCGUUACGGUGCCCCGCCAUGUACAACGUUCAUUGGAAGAGUUUCAUUCUGGCUCUAUCGAGGAAAUUACUCCCAAUUUGUUGAGGGAAAGUCUGUCCUAUAAAGAUACACACUACAUCACWUUCUCAAGAGAGAAAAAGCUGUCUCUUUUAAAGUACAUCUUGAGCGAUUCCAAAUUCGAAAACCUGGGAGAUCUGCAUCUUCUCCCUUUAUCAAAUAAGACAUUCACUAAAUUCCAAAGCUCUGAUGUCAUCUAUGUUGACUCUCCUGAGCACCCAAGAUCGCUGCUCCCUGGAAUGGAUGCAAUGUUCCUUGAUUCAGAUAUUGAUGAUUAUGUUAUGUAUCAACUUAGAAAUGCUGGACACCAAGGCUGGAUUCAGCUUUGUCGUUUUGAUGAAAAUGUAAUGAAGCAGUUUCUCCAUAAAUCAUUGCCAGRUGACUGGAUGGAGUCGAACGGGAACGUCAUAUGGUACCCAGGAAGGCAUCAACAUCCACCAGAAACAUGGCUCAAGGAAGUGUGGCAAUACUUAGCUAAGCAUUUUAAUGGCCCUAAUGACCUGGACGCUUUUUGUAAUGUUCCAUUGAUACCCAUACAAGCCAUAUCGAACAGUGUGGAACUUGCACGAAUCAAAAAGCCUUCCACAUUGCUUUUGUCAUCCUUCAACCGUGAUGAGCUUGAAAAUUCUGUUGUGGAGAAGGCGAGCGAGUUCGGAGCAACUGUCCUGAAGAACUUACCCGAGUUUGUAAUUGGACAUCGUGGUCUUGUACCUGACUACAUCAACCCACCAAAUCAUCAAGGUGUUCUAACAGCACUCAUGGUUUUUCAAAAUAAUCUGCCAUCUAUAUCGUUGGAUGUAAGGCCUUUGAGAGGGCUAUUUUCUCAAAUGAAUUUGCCUACAGAUUCUGAUGCAGAAGUCAAUUUUCUGAAG